AUGGUUUCCAAGGCAAUAAGGAAUUUUACCCUUCCAUCACAGGAGCAAAAACCAAACGGGAACAAGCUAGAGACAGGGGAAGGGCAACAAGAGUUUGAGGCAGGGGAAGGGGAACAAGUAUGCCAAGUGUUCAUGUCAGACAGACCAGAUCAAGCUGAGACUUCAAUCCAAGCUAGACCUUUUAGAAGAACAAAGCUUGGGGCAAGAAGAGGGGGUGAAAACGCUUAUGUGCGAACAUUACGUGAGAACACCGUUGGAUCUAAUCUAACAGCUGCAUCAAAAGCAAUUGUAAGUGUAAGUGUUGUAUUAGAACGAGGCCUUCUUCUCUCUCCUCCCUCCAAAACGUCGAGUCGAAAACAGACGUCCCCUCCAAUCCAGCUAUUCGGUUUGUUCAAUUAA